AUGAAUCCGAAAGAGGGGCAGAGAAUCGACUCGUCCGAAAGAUCGCAUGCAACUGCGGCCAUGACACCUGAGCGCUCCCACCUCCUUCUUCUCUUUGUCCUGAACAAAGUGGGGGCGCUCAGGUUGUUUUGGACUCUGACCGAGCGAGAUUCAGAUGACCAAGGAGUGGACUCAUCAGCAGGAAAAGGAGAGCUGCAACGACUAACGUCCGUGAGGGAAGAUCGAGGCGAGAGAUCUAAUCCCAUGAGCGGGGCCUUUGAUAGAAGAAGAAGAAAAACAAAGAAAACGUCAUUGACGUCCAACAUCGCCCAAUUCAUCAAGUUCUUCAUAAAGUAGCAAUGAUUCAAAUUCCAGUGAAUCAUUAUCGGAUAGUGAUUAAGUUUAGUGUUACCAUAUUACCAAUG